AUGUCGCCAGAAGAGACUGAAGAAUCGCUAAUGGAGAGCUCAAGCGUUGCAGAGCUAUUACUGCCAGGCCCGGAUUCAGAAUCUCCCCGAUCAUCUAAGCGGGUUUUGGUCCGGCUCUACAUCUCGCACUUUUUAUCAACAUGGAACUCGCGCAUGUUUGAAUUCGGAGCUGUGCUGUUUCUGGCGUCUAUAUUUAAAGGGACGCUGCUGUAUGCCUCCGUUUAUGCGCUAGUUCGUUCGCUGGCUGCCGUGGUGUGCUCGUCCUGGUUGGGAUCGGUAGUGGAUCGGGCGAGUCGAUUAGGUGCUGUUCGACAAUCUAUUGUUUGGCAAAGAGUGCCCGUUGCUGCAUCAUGUGCAUGCUUUGUGGUCCUUCUGGAUACGGUGACAACGCCCACAAUCGUGUCUCAUGGCUUGUUCGUUGGAGUCGCCUUGCUGGCCUGCGUGGAGAAAUUGGCUGCCAUGGCUAAUACCGUUUCUGUCGAGCGUGACUGGGCCGUCGUGAUAUCAGAUAGUCUGGAGGUAUCGAGACAAGAUUUGAAUGCAUAUAUGAGGCGCAUAGAUCUCUUUUGCAAAUUGCUGGCACCGGUGUUUAUCUCCCUCUUGGAUGGACUGUCAACGAAGGCUGCUAUUUGGACUGUUUUUGGAAUGAAUGCCGUUAGCGUUGUGAUAGAAUAUGGCGCUAUUGCACAGGUAUACAAAGCAGUCCCGAAACUGGCACGGAAUGAGAACGGUGACAAUAUGCUGGAAGAAAGCGAAUCCUCUACACACAGCUUAGUCGGCUACAUCAAACAAACCACAAUUAUUCCAUGGCGAGAAUAUACCUCUCAUUCCGUAUUCCUCGCCUCAUUUUCCCUGAGCCUACUCUACCUAACCGUGCUCUCGUUUGGCGCAACCAUGGUCACUUAUUUGCUCCACACCGGCUUCAGUCCUCUCGAGGUUAGCGGUAUGCGAAUUGGCUCUGUGGUUGCAGAGCUUUCCGGUACUUGGGCAGCUCCAUUUAUCAUGGACCGAAUCGGACCCAUUAGAUCCGGCUUGUGGUUCCUCAACUGGCAAUCUUGUUGCUUGGCCGCUGCCGCGGCGGGUUAUAUCUUUCUCGAUGCCAGCUCCCGGAUGGUAGCAGUUACUUUGAUUGUUGGCGUUUCUUUGAGCCGAAUCGGCCUCUGGGGCUUUGAUCUUGCGGUUCAAUUUAUGGUUCAGGAGGGCAUUGAGGAACAUGCCCGUGCUCGAUUCUCUUCUACUGAGAUGGCACUGCAGAACGUUUUCGAGCUCCUGUCCUUUGCGACGACCAUUAUCUUUCCUCGACCGGAGCAGUUCAAGUAUCCGGUGUUAAUCAGUUAUGGUGCUAUUGUGCUGGCUGUCAUCUGCUUCGCCGGAUAUGUUCGAAAGGAGCGAGGGCAUCUGCUGCACCUGUCGAAGUUAUGCUACGGGGGUGAUAAGAUGCAGAGGUUGAACAAUUCUUUAAAUUUACGGCAUAGCUAG